GUAAAGGUGGGGAGAAGGGUGUAGGGCGUCGGCGUGCGCCCAUACGUCCGUACGUGCGUGCGUGGACCGGAUCGCAUAACAGAAAUGGCGGGCGCAGACUCUGAGCCCAGGGACCUGGCAACAAAGGAGAAAUAGAUAAAAACACUGGAAACUGAAUGGGAUGGAAAGGGGCAUGGUUCUUCCUGAAGGAUCUGUGUUUGUUAUUCCAAACACAAUCAGAAAGCUUCUUUGACCAGAAUGGCAUGUGUGUUUGUAUAUGGGACUCUUAAAAAAGGCCAACCCAACCACAGCUUCAUGACCAGUUGUACCAAUGGGAUUGCAGAAUUCCAAGGUCGGGGUCGCACAAUAGAUCUAUAUCCUUUGGUGAUUGGAAGCAAACAUAACAUUCCCUAUUUGCUGAAUGUCCCAGGAAAAGGACAUCACGUUACUGGAGAGAUCUAUUCUGUUGAUGACCAGAUGCUGCAAUUCCUUGAUGAAUUUGAAGGCUGCCCAGACAUGUAUCAACGCACUCCAGUGAGGAUUGAAAUAUUAGAGUGGGAAGGUAAAAGCAGUGCACCUGAGGAGAGGCCAGCUGUUAACAGCAUUAUGGAAUGCUUUGUGUACAGCACAACUACCUACCCGCCAGAGUGGAUAAAUCUCCCUUACUAUGACAAUUAUGAUUCCUUAGGGAAACACGGCCUUCGUUAUAAUCCACGGGAAAAUAGAUGAAAAAUGGUAAAGAACACUCAUUAGUAAGAAGAUGAAUAAAACACAUGUUGAUUAUAAGAUGACCUCAUCUUAAUUUGCCAUUAUCAUCAGGUUUUUUUGAAAAGCCAUAGCAGUACAUUUAAAGAUGAUCAAAACUGACUUCUAAAGUCAACAUUAUGGAAAUCUACUAAGGCUGUAUUGGAGCUUAUCUUAGAGAUGAUUUUUAACACAUUGACAGCAUUGUACUGAUCAUUCCAUGGUUUGUUUUAUUUGUACUCUUGCUGUCUGUUCCAACGGCAUUACCUUUAAGGUGUUCAAAAAGAAAGGUUAAGUUGUAAAAUUUAGAUUCACCCAAUGGCAUAUACGUAGACAUUUUAUAUCCUCAGUUCAUUCUGUGCUAUAAUUUUGUUGCCUUCUUUUUAAAUAUUAAGAUAAUUUUGGGAAUGAAUCUUUUGAAAUGUGUUAUUUUGACCCACUAGACCAUAUCCAUACUGCCAAAUUGAUUCUGGCCUAUUGUACCUAGAUGUUUUUAUAAAAACUGCUUUGCUGUGCUGUGUCAGUAAGUAAUUUGGUAUAUUAGCGGGUUCAUUCUUGAUCCAUUUGCAGAAGCAGCCAAAGAAAAAUGCCUAUAAUAAAAAAUGACCAUUCAAAACUAAACCAAUUAGGGAGCUUAAACAUAGUAUUAGUGAUAUUUAUGUCCUGGAUCUUUUUGAAAAAAGAUUUAUCUUGCAUAGGCUUUGUUACCCCUCCUUUGUAGUCUAGCAAAAUAGCAAAACACCCACUUGCUUGUGGAUAAAACCAAGCAUCCUGGAUUGAGUAUCAGACUGAAGUUUAGACCGAUGCCCAGAUCCACAGAACCAAGAAAAUAUCACUUACUCUUCAAGGAGAACAGUGCCUGGGGGUGGGGAUAGCACAGAAAAACCAAGGCAUUGGCAAUUUUUUCUUCAGCCCUGACAGAAAACUUAAGCUUCUAAGUACAGACAACACUUAAAAUAAUUUUUAGCAAGGCAUGAGGUACCAAUUACCAUCCACCUCCCAUUUGAUAUUUCAAGUCAGUGUAGAUUCAAGUUAAUAUACACGUCUUUGCCUCUGCUUCCAAGCAAAGCACUAGAUUCGUGCUAAGUAUUUAAGAACCAAGGAAGAACACAGUUACAAUUGUUGGGCACUGAUUCUUCUUAACCUCAGUAGUUGCAAGUUUUAUUUUCUCUUAAAUUUAAUGGUAGAGGGUGAAUACUAGCUGCAUUCCUGGAGCAAUGAAAUGAUCUAUACAACAGUAAACAUAGCUAUCAUCAGCUGAUAAGCUAGCAAGAUCACAACAAAGUACUGUGUAAUGGGGCAUAGUGUAAGAACUAUUAAAUAGCUUCUGUUCUUUUGACUAGCCUGGAAGAAGGGGUUAUAUUUGCAGACCAUUCCUGAGGAGCAUAAUAUUGUAGAUAUGGCAGGAGGCUAAGAUCUCCCUGAUGUGAAGCUCCAAAGCUUUAGGCUUAGAUCCAGUACCAUACCACCAGUAUGCCACUAAACACUAUGACAUAAAGGCAGUAUUGCAAAUAGUUAGGGUACUGUCUUCAGAAAGUUAAGACUGAUAAAUGAUAAAAAAUUAGGCUGUUGGGUUCUGUAAUUAUGGAAAAGAGUCAAGACUUGAGCGUGGCUAAUCAGGGUCUAAGAUGACUAAUGCUAAUUUGAAAUGAUCUAAGACUGGCUGAAAUUUGCACACAUUCUUAGAAGAGA